AUGGGCAACCAAGCAGCCGAGAGCCCGGCCAUGAACCAGCAGCAGCUCGGCGGGCAAGAACCGAACCCCUGGGCCGGCAACAAUGCCAACACGCUGCUGGUGGUGGCCACGCUGAUCACCACACUCUCGUACCAGAUCGGCACCAGUCUCCCCGGCGGGUACUGGCAGGAGACCAAGAUGCAGGACGGCAAGGAGCUGUACCGCGCCGGCGACCCCAUCAUGCGCGACCUGCAAUACCCCAGGUACUGGGUGUUCAUGGUGGCGAGCUGGGCGGGGUUCGUGAGCUCGACGUUGAUGACGCUGAGCCUGCUGGUGGGGAUAGCGGUGGAAUCGUGGCAGGUGCGCUGGUCCUUCCUGGUGGCCUACUCCAGCCUCUUCCUCACCUUCGCCGUGACGGGAAACAGGUCCAAGCUCCCCCUCGACAUCCUCCUCUGGGCGGGCAGCCUCGCCUUCUUCUGGGGCGCCAUCUACUUCCGUCCGGAGCACCGCACUUACAUCGUUCGAGUGCUCCGCUUCUUCAAACCUGCAACCACAUCAACUCAUUGA